AUAUCUUUGGGUUUUCCAAACGCUUUGUUUUGUCGAGAGGGAUUCUGGUGUCCACCGGGCGAUGACGGCGGCCACGGCCACUCCGCGGGUGAUGAGAGACCGGCUGCUGAAGGCCAUCGACGGCCAGAGCAACAUACGCAACAUGGUGGUGGUUGUGGAAGUGAUUUCCAGUUUGGAGAAAUACUCUAUCACCAAAGAAAUACUGGAGGAGACGCGCCUUGGGAAGCUGAUUAAUGACAUCCGGAAAAAAACUCAGAACGAGGAUCUUGCAAAAAGAGCCAAGAAGCUCCUUCGGACCUGGCAGAAGCUAAUCGACCCAGGUCAGGGUGGCUCGGUGUCCAAAGAACUCACUGGUGCAUCUUGGUCUUCCAAAGGCAGCAUUCACCCCUGCUCCUCUCCUCCAGCUUUGAGCAAAACAGGCUCAGAGUUAAAGGCCAGAAGUGACUUCAACAACUGCUCUCCAAAUCCUGAACCGAUAAGCAACAGGAAACGUAGAUGUGACAAGAAAGAGGGUCAAACAAAGAAACCCAAAGUCGCUCAUGAUGAUAUAAAACAGCAGCCAUCUAAUGGACUUGGUGGGAGUUUUAAAAUUCCUGCAAAUACUAAUGCACACCAACCAUCAGACAGGGAUGCAUCUAAAUAUCUGGACAAUAGUAAGUCAAAUAAAGUUCCUAUUCACGCUGUCAAACCUCAUCCAAGUGCCUCUGUGUAUAGCAACCCUGCUAACACGCUUAUGCAACAGCAGGUUAGAUGGGAUAAACAUCAAACUAGAAGCCCCGGUUGUCAGUUGCAACAUCCUGAGAGUCUAAAGCAAGAAGCUGUAAUAAAAAAACCACAAAGUAGUGAAAAUCCAGGUGUGAAGGUGGAGGAAUCUGCUCAGUCACUUAAUGUUCACACAAACCACUCAGGGUCUGCAAAUUUGGAGUUUCAAAGCAGGACUUCAGGUUUGGAUGAUGAGACUAUUAUUAAUGAUGCUGUGAACAAGAAAAGAGAAAAAUACAGGGCUAAAGAUUAUGUGGUGAACCUGAAUGAUCCAAUUACAGAAGACAAAAGCAAACCAGUGAGGUUAAAAGACAGAAGGAUCACAUUUGAUCCAUCAACAGGACAAAUUAAACGCACCUGCCCUAAGGAGUCUUCGGAAGAGCAGGAAGUCUCUGAACUCCAGCUGAAGUCGAAUCAACCCAUUCCUCCCAUUCCAUUCCAGCAGACGGACUGGAAAGAACUGUCAAGGAGCGAAAUAAUCCAGUCGUACCUCACCCAGCAGAGCAACAUCCUGUCGUCGUCUGGUGCACACACACCUGGAGCCAACCUUUUCAUGUCGGAGGUUUGCAAAAGAGCAGAUCACCAGAAGAGGAAUACCACAGAAACGUCCAUACUGGUAUCAGACCAUUAUGUCAAAGAGUUACCUGGAGUUAGCAGAGAAAUCAGCAGUGAAGACCUGAACCGAUUACAGAGGCGGCGUUGGUCCGGAGUUAACGGGUGUUACGACACCAAGGGGAACUGGUACGACUGGACGGAGUGCAUCUCUCUAGAUCCACAUGGAGAUGAGAGCAGACUGAACAUUUUGCCCUACGUCUGCCUGGACUGAAACUUGGUUCAGCUUGGAAGUAAAUUAAAUGUUCAAGUCUACAAAAUGUGACAUGUUGGGAAAAUUUUAGGAAAAUUAUACCUUAUUUGUGCUGGAUGUUACAUUCAGCUUUUAUUUUGUAUUUUCAUUUUGUAAAAUAUCCUGUUUUCUUGUUGGCAUUUGAUAACCGUAUUAUGAGAAUUUAUAAGACAUUUUCCGAAAUCAUUAACGACACACAAAUACUUUAAUACUUAAUUUGUCCAAAAUUAAUCUCAUGCUGUUGUGUUUAGGACUGUUUCAUUUGCAACUGUACAGCAUUAAUGAAGAGCGUUCAUGGCAUUUUUGACCACCUGAAUACAGUUCAAGCGAAUUACAAAUUUCCAGGCAACAGAUGUACGUUUUCACAAAUAAAUUACAACAUUUUUUAAAAUGGAAAAUGUUUGAUACAACACAAAGCAUUUGUCCUUUAUUAAUCAUGUUUUACUUGCUUUCAAUUUCUUUUUUAUUAUAAGUAGGACCGUAACUAUCUACUGAGUUGUGUUAUAAAUAAAGUGAGUUCUGUUGUGAGUGGGGGUUUUGUGUUUUGUGUGGGGUUUCCAUCUCCUUCCACGUGUUCAGGUUCUCCACCAGAUGGAGCCUUGGAGCUGCUGUCACCAAAGGCCGGAUCUGCUAUUAUCACACACGCUGCAGACAAUCUGUCAUUUUCCUGGCUUUUAGAGUCCUUCGACGCCUGAAUGUUCACCUGUAAUGGUACUCUAGCCACACAGUUUGCCUUAUCUGUGUUUUCUCUAGUUCUUCGUAGAUUGUUUUUGUGCUUACCCCUCUGAUCUCAUUCCAAGGUUCUCAUGGCAAGACCUGAGCUCCACUUUCAGUGUCCUUUGGGUAUCUCUCACGAGUCUCACGAUCAUCUGACCUUUUCCUGGUUCCUACCUCCAUGACUGACGUCCUACUAGCUCCUCUUCUUCAAGCACCUGCGUUACCUGUCCGCCCUCCAACCUCACCACCAUCCAGCAGCUUCCACAAGUAUUCAUCUCACUCAUCUGGACCAAGCCCCACUCAAGCCCAAGGCUGGAUCUCUUCCAAUUUCUUCCCCUUCCCCUGGUAGACCAUCAUCUUCAUCACCAGUAAGAACCAGAUUGUUUUCACCAGCACUAUUGUGACUCACCUCUCUAAUUACUCUGCUUCCAGUGUUCCUGUCUUCCCCAAGUCUCCAGUCAAAAAAAAAAAAAACAGCCAACAGAAGACCCAUUUAUUCAUAACUGUUUAUUUAUUCAAAAAAACUUUUUUCACUUUUCA